AUGGUAUAUGGCCUCAAGAUGCCAACGACGUUCCGAUUCCCCCCUUUCAACGCAGCUACUAAUCCCUGUUGCUCCAUGGCACCCAUUACUUCCCGGUCAGUUCUUAAGAAAGCAUUAACUCCAAUUCGAAGCAACUUAAUACCAUUAUGGCCGGUAUUGAAGAAUCCUACUCAACCGAGUACUGGCUUUUGGGAGAGUGAAUGGUUAAAGCAUGGAACAUGUUCUGAUUACCCUUAUUACCCUCUUGAUUACUUCAAAUCUGCCUUAACGCUUAGACAAGGCUUAACAAAUCCAGGUGAGUAUGUUUCCUUUGUACUUGCUUUUAUAUCUUCUGUUAUUGAGUUUAUGUAUAAGAUGGUUGAAAAGUUGGAAUGA